AAGUUGUUAAGAUUUGAAGGUUGUGAUUGUUUAAGUAAUCCGCCUUGUUGAAAGCAGCUCGCUAUAAACGGUCAGAUAAAAGUGUUUUGGCUGGAAUGAGUAUUUCUGAGGCCGAAUAUUGUUGUGUAGAGGAUUCGCCGCCCGGAGGCUCUGGCUUGGACACGGCCGUUUCUCCAUGGGCUCAGUCCGAGAGCCCUGUCUCUCAAACCGGUCUUGCGUCUGCUCAACCCACGAGUAAAGUGGAGGGGAAAGGCGACUCGGAAUCGCGGAUCAGACGCCCUAUGAACGCUUUCAUGGUGUGGGCAAAGGACGAGCGUAAAAGGCUGGCUCAACAAAAUCCCGAUCUCCACAAUGCAGUACUAAGUAAAAUGCUUGGGCAGUCAUGGAAAUCGCUUCCAUUUGAAGAGAAGCGCCCAUUCGUGGAAGAGGCUGAGCGACUCCGAGUUCAACACUUGCAAGAUCACCCCAACUACAAAUAUCGACCACGCAGGAAGAAACAGAGUAAAAAAGUCAAACGAAUGGAGACCAAUCUUCUGGCGCACAACCUGCCUCGGAAUCAUGGCACCGUUCUCAGAACCAAUCAGGGAGUUAGCGGCGACAACUUCACCAGGAAUCAACACCAGGGAAGAUCCUCCGGCCAACAUCAACUCCCUUCGCUUAGUCACUACAGAGAUUUGCAUGGACUGGGUUCGGAGUUCGAGAACUAUGGCUUGCCUACUCCCGAGAUGUCUCCCUUGGACGUGUUGGAUCCAGUGUUCUUUCCGUCACAGGCGCAGGACGACUGUAAUAUUUCCUUCGGAAACUACCCUCAUCACAUAGAUUACAGUAGAGAGAAGACAGAUGCCUUGUCCUACCCAGACCAAAUCUCUGCCAACGUGGGUGAGUUGGUUAGGAAUCCACAACAUCUCUAUUACAGCCAGUUGUGCCCUGGAGGUCAGGGCAGCAUUUCUGCUCACCUGGGGCAGCUCUCACCUCCCCCCGAGGCGCAACGCAUUGAUUCUGUGGAGCACUUUGGUCCGUCUGAGUUUUGGACAGAUGUUGAUCGUAGUGAGUUUGACCAAUAUUUAAAUCUGGCAAGGACUCGUCCGGACACCUCUGCACAAACCUUUCACGUCUCUCUGUCGAAACUGAACCCUAGAGGUGUGUCCGCAUGCGAGGAAAGUAGCUUCAUCUCGGUUCUGUCGGACGCCAGCAAUGCUGUCUAUUACAGCGCAUGUCUUACUGGCUAACUCGCUGCACUCAAACUGUUAAGUUCCCGUGAUGGUUUAUUCUCAGUACAUCUUUUUUUAAGGAGUCAUUAAACUGUUAUUGCAGUCACAUAUUUCUUUCUAUUUCAACUGAAAUGUGCGGAAAUCACUGGUUGAGUUCCGAUUCGGGAAAGGGGUUAAUAAAAUGAACCCGAAAGUAACGAGUGACUGGUUGUAAAACAAAUGAUAAGGGCAUUUUCGGUGUCUGAAACGAAUUAAUACUAAAAGCUAACAUGUAUCCGUCAGAGAUUAUAACAAAACGGAAUAAUUUUUUGUAAGCCAUUAUGUAGCAACACGUAUAAAAUAUGAUCGGACUACAUUAGUUUAAAAUCCAAAUGGAAAUGUAAAUGUUGAGAUUUUUUUGAACUUUCGUUUCAGCUUUUGGUGGAUAUACCACAAUAUUUUGGCGCUUUAAAAACUGUUUUUACUGCUAACAUUCAGUGUAUAAUUCUAACAAAGUCUCACUUUUAUAAAUAAGGUUUUUAUGUUGUAAUU